AUGGCCAAGCGACCCGCGGAUUCGGACGCGCGCGAGGCGAUCAAGAACGGCGACCGGCCCGCCGACGGCGCCGUGAACGCGGCGACACCGGACGGGCUGGACUUUGAGGACGAGUUCGAGGACGAGUUCGAGAGCGAGGACGAGAUCCUCGAGGCCGGCGUCGACGGGCGGCCCGACGAGGAGCGCGAGGCCGAGGAGCGCCAGGACGCCAUGGACGUCGACCAGGACACCUUCAUCCCCGGCCGCCACAAGCUGUCCGCCGGCGAGACCCUCGCGCCCGACCUGUCGACCUACGAGCUGCUGCACACCCUCGACGCCCCGUGGCCGUGUCUGUCGUGCGACAUUGUGCCGGACAGCCUGGGCGCCGACCGCCGCACCUACCCCGCCACGCUCUACGCCGUCGCCGGCACCCAGGCCGCCCAGGGGCGCGAGAAGGAGAACCAGCUGAUGGUCAUGAAGAUGAGCAGCCUGUCGCGCAUGGAGCGCGAAGAGGAGGACGAGGACGAGGACGACGAGGACGACGACGCGUCCGACCCCAUCCUCGAGACCAAGUCGAUCCCGCUCGCCAGCUGCACAAACCGCGUCCGCGCCCACCAGUCGCCGCAGGCCACGUCCGCGCGCCCGCCGACCACCCUCACCGCCGCCAUGAUGGAGUCGGGCCAGGUGCUCAUCCACGACGUCACCCCGCACCUGACCUCGUUCGACACCCCCGGCACCACCAUCACCGCCGCCCAGAACAAGCCCGUGUGCACCAUCCGCGCCCACAAGGCCACCGAGGGCUACGCGCUCGACUGGUCGCCGCUGGUCCCCGAGGGCCGCCUGCUGACCGGCGACGUCGCCGGCAACAUCUUCACCACCACCCGCACCCAGGGCGGCGGCUUCGUCACCGACACCACCCCCUUCACCGGCCACCGCGGCACCGUCGAGGAGCUGCAGUGGUCGCCGUCCGAGAAGCACGUCUUCGCCUCGGCCUCCAACGACGGCUGCGUCAAGAUCUGGGACGCCCGCUCCAAGUCGCGCAAGGCCGCCGUGACCAUGCAGGUCAGCAACACCGACGUCAACGUGCUGUCGUGGUCGCGCCAGACCGCGCAUCUAUUAGCCUCUGGCGCCGACGACGGCGAGUGGGCCGUGUGGGACCUGCGCCAGUGGAAGCCGUCGUCGCCGCUCGACGCCGCCCCCAAGGCCGCGCCCGUCGCCAACUUCACCUUCCACAAGGAGCAGAUCACAUCCGUCGAGUGGCACCCGACCGACGACAGCAUCGUGGCCGUGUGCGCCGGCGACAACACCCUCACCCUGUGGGAUCUGGCCGUCGAGCUCGACGACGAGGAGAGCCGCGACACCGCCGGCGUGCAGGACGUGCCGCCGCAGCUGCUCUUCGUGCACUACAUGGAGCAGAUCAAGGAGGCCCACUGGCACCCGCAGCUGCCGGGCACGCUGAUGGCCACGGGCGGCUCCGGGUUUGGGUAUGGCUCUGUAUCGCUACUAGCAGCGCGCGCUAACGCCCCGCAGUGUAUUCAAGACUAUCAGCGUGUAGCCCGCUGCAAUCAGAAAAGUUCCAUCGCCAAGCCUAUGACCUCAACGCGUGAUCACGUUACUUCACCCGCAACCGGCCGCCGCCUGGAAUGCGCUAACACCACACGCACGCAGCGCCCCCGUCCCCGACUACCCAGAACCACUCCCACACUAACGCCGCCCUACCGUGAAACCAGCAUGUGCCCCCGCCCGUCGCGAACCAUAGCGGUCGCCCUCUCGCCGUCGCCGCUCACCGCCGCAGCGCCACCAUGUUGA